AUGUGUAGUAUCAGAGUUUCUGGAUCUCACAAGUUUCUGGAUCUCACAAGUUCCUACAGAGGAAUGAAGGACCUGAGACCACAUGGGGCAGGGGAGGGACCUGAAUGGAAUAUAGAAAUGGUUCCCAAGAGGUACGUGCUGGUGGUGGCCGCCUCGCUUUGUGGUAGAGGCGUAGAGUUGGUGGGGUGGGAUGAACCGCGCUCCCGGUGGAAGCAGAGGAGCCGAGCGGGAACCAUGGCCAGUACAGUGGUAGCAGUUGGACUCACCAUUGCUGCUGCAGGAUUUGCAGGCCGUUACGCUUUGCAAGCCAUGAAGAAUAUGGAGCCUCAAGUAAAACAAGUUUUUCAAAGUCUACCAAAAUCUGCCUUCAGUGGUGGCUAUUACAGAGGUGGGUUUGAACCCAAAAUGACAAAACGGGAAGCAGCAUUAAUACUAGGUGUAAGCCCUACUGCCAAUAAGGGAAAAAUAAGAGAUGCUCAUCGACGAAUUAUGCUUUUAAAUCACCCAGACAAGGGAGGAUCUCCUUAUAUAGCAGCCAAAAUCAAUGAAGCUAAAGAUUUACUAGAAGGUCAAGCUAAAAAAUGAAGUAAAUGUAUGAUGAAAAAAAAAAAAAAAAAAAAAAAAAAAAAAAAAAAAAAAAAAAAAAAAAAAAAAAAAAAAAAAAAAAGAAA